GUAGGAGUUUACCUGGCAGAGAAGGAAUUUUAAUUAACUUUUGGGGUAAAGGAUCUCCUUUCAGUAAGAUCAUUGAGACCCUUUUUUGGAACCUUCUCUACUUAAAAGAGACCCCUUGAGAAGAGAUAUUCAUAAGACCAUCAGACAGGACUUUUGGGAUCAUCUCUCAUCUUUCAGAUGGAUAGCUGAGGCUCAGAAAGGUCUGGGAUUUGCUCUCCUAGCCCAGGACUCUUUGUUUAUUUAUUUGUUCAUUCAUUCAUGCACGGACUUAACCUAUAUUUAUCAAAAGCCCAUUUUUUACCAGAUACUAGAUGCUGGUGAUAAAGCAGUGAACAAAAAGAUUCCUGCCCUCAGAAAGCUAAUAUUUUAGUGGAGGGAGACAGACAAUAAACAGAAAAAUAAGAUUAAAAAACAUAUCAGAGGGUGAUAGGAGCUAUAAAGACGUGUAAGGACUGGAAGGAGGUCAGGUAUAUUGGAGGUGCCUUUGGGAAGGUGGCCCUUGGACAUAAAAGGCCCUGGGCAGCUCUUACAGGGUGGCUGCCCACUGUGACCCAUUGUGACAGUGCCUGUGGGGUUCUAGAGUGCAGGCCUGAGGAGGCCAGGAGAAGGCCUAGAGGAGGAGGAGGAAGAAGAAGACUGAAGUGGGAUUUAGUGGGUGGGCUGUGACCCCCAGUGGGGGCAGAAAAAUCCAAUGGAUCAGAAGGGCCACAAAGACUCCUUUUCCCCUUGUGAGAGGACUGCUGUGAGCAGUCUCCAUGAGGCCCUGGAUCAGUGCAUGACCGCCCUGGACCUCUUCCUCACCAACCAGUUCUCAGAAGCACUCAGCUACCUCAAGCCCAGAACCAAGGAGAGCAUGUACCACUCGCUGACAUAUGCCACCAUCCUGGAGAUGCAGGCCAUGAUGACCUUUGACCCCCAGGACAUCCUACUUGCUGGCAACAUGAUGAAGGAGGCUCAGUCACUCUGUCAGAGGCACCGCAAGAAGUCCUCUGUAACAGAUUCCUUCAGCAGCUUGGUGCACCGCCCCACUAUGGACCAAUUCACGGAAGAGGAAAUCCACGCUGAGGUCUGCUAUGCAGAGUGCCUGCUGCAGAGAGCAGCCCUGACCUUCCUGCAGGACGAGAACAUGGUGAGCUUCAUCAAAGGCGGCAUCAAAGUUCGAAACAGCUACCAGACCUACAAGGAGCUGGACAGCCUCGUGCAGUCCUCACAGUACUGCAAGGGAGAGAACCACAGGCACUUUGAAGGAGGAGUGAAGCUUGGUGUGGGAGCUUUCAACCUGACGCUGUCUAUGCUUCCUACCAGGAUCCUGAGGCUGCUGGAGUUUGUGGGGUUUUCAGGAAACAAGGACUACGGGCUGCUGCAGCUGGAGGAGGGGGCAUCGGGGCACAGCUUCCGCGCUGUGCUCUGUGUCAUGCUGCUGCUGUGUUACCACACCUUCCUCACCUUUGUGCUCGGCACCGGGAACGUCAACAUCGAGGAGGCAGAGAAGCUCUUGAGACCCUACCUGAAGCGAUACCCUAAGGGCGCCAUCUUCCUGUUCUUUGCGGGGCGGAUUGAAGCCAUUAAAGGCAAUGUUGACAUGGCCAUCCGGUGGUUCGAGGAGUGCUGUGAGGCCCAGCAACACUGGAAGCAGUUCCAUCACAUGUGCUACUGGGAGCUGAUGUGGUGCUUCACCUACAAGGGCCAGUGGAAGAUGGCCUACUUCUACGCAGACCUGCUCAGCAAGGAGAACUCCUGGUCUAAGGCCACCUACAUCUACAUGAAGGCCGCCUACCUCAGCAUGUUUGGGAAGGAGGACUACAAGCCGUUCGGGGAUGACGAAGUGGAGUUGUUUAGGGCUGUGCCAGGGCUGAAACUCAAGAUUGCUGGGAAAUCUCUACCCACAGAGAAGUUUGCCAUCCGGAAGUCUAGACGCUACCUCUCCCCCAAACCUAUUUCAUUGCCCGUCCCUGCUCUGGAAAUGAUGUACAUUUGGAAUGGCUACGCUGUGAUUGGGAAGCAGCCGGAACUCACAGACGGGAUACUUAAGAUUAUCACCAAGGCUGAAGAGAUGCUGGAAAAGGGCCCAGAGAAUGAGUACUCGGUGGAUGAUGAGUGUUUGGUGAAGCUGCUGAAAGGCCUGUGUCUGAAGUAUCUGGGUCGUGUCCAGGAGGCUGAGGAGAAUUUCAGGAGCAUCUCUGCCAAUGAAAAGAGGAUUAAAUAUGACCACUACUUGAUUCCAAAUGCCUUGCUGGAGCUGGCCCUGCUGUUUAUGGAGCAAGACAGAAAUGAAGAGGCUGUCAAACUCUUGGAAACUGCCAAGCAAAAUUAUAAGAAUUAUUCCAUGGAAUCAAGGACACAUUUUCGAAUCCAGGCAGCCACACUCCAAGCCAAGUCUUCCCUAGAGAAUGGCAACAGAUCCAUGGUCUCAUCCAUGUCCAUGUAGUUUUGUGCAGCAUUCCCAGGCUGGAAGACAGAGUCAGCUGGACAGAGCUCCUGCAAACAUUUCAAAAAGAUCCCCUCCCCCAUCCUGCCUUUGGGGUCCACCAGUGCUCCAGUGGGAUGGCACGACAUAGGUACCUGUGCAGAAGCAAAGCUGGCAUUUCACCAGUGUGGCCAAGGGCCUUUGCCAAGGACAGAGUAGGCAGAGCCUUCUGCCUGCCCUGUCACAUAUACGGGUACUUAUUUUUCACUGUGAUGUUUAAGAGAAUGUAUGAACAGUUUACAUUUUCCUUAGAAAUACAUUGAUGGGAUCAAAGUUGGCUUUGGAAAAAACCACCAACCAACCACCUGUAAAUCAUUGUUUUAACCCAUACUGAUGUGGAGGUAAAUCUAUGAUGCCAAGGGCCAAAGUGCUUUUCAGACUUCAGCAAGGUCUCAGCUUCCAGGGCUGGAAGGACCCAAAGGAGAAUCUGCACCUCAGGCUUCGAGGUUUCUGGGGGUUGGACACAGAGGUUUCACAUACUCCCACUACCUUACUUCUUACACUUACACUCCCUUUGUAACUUUCCAAUUUAAAGAAAAUCAAACAUGAAUUUUUAGUGAGAUAAUUUUCAGUCCAUCUGUAGAAAAAAGUCAAUCUCUACCACUAAGGAAUGGUGACACCGAGGCCUGAGGGAAGGGGCCCUUUCUGUGCCAAAGCCAAGAAGUUUGGCACGUAAAAGUUUCUCAGACACCAGACUGCUACAUGCCAAACUGAAGCCACUGGGAAUGAUUUAUGAAACAUAAAAAUCUUCUGUACUUCACUUCGAGGUACAUUUAUUUACUGAUAGCCUUUUUCUUAGAAACAGAAUGGUUAUUCUUGGCCUGUUUGUGUAUGUUUUAGAUUUUUCAGUUAAGAGAAAAGAUAUAUUUAAGUAAUAAAACUUAUACACUUAAAAGAGAUCAUGCAACAUCUAUUUCAGUAAAAUAUGUUGUUGCUUGAAUUCUUAGGAAGGGCAGAAAGUUUGAAUCAGAAGCUAUAUGGCCCAGGCAUCUUUUAUUUAGACAAUAUAAUGUUUUAAAAUUUUUAGAAUAAGCUACUAACAUUUAAAAAUGGGGAGAUUUCACAAAUAAAUCUGGUUUCUGGCUUCUUAUUUUAAAAAUCUGGCAAUAUCGGGCCUCAUUCCCACAAUGCAACAAUCAGUUGGAGCUGAGUAGAGGCUCUUUUCAACACUUAUAUAUCUUUCUGGCGCCUGAAAGCAUCUGAAUUGGCAACCUGUGGGACUGUUAAAGUGAGGACUCAAGUUCAAUGACCAACACCAAGUUUUACCAUUCACAAUCUAACAAUGGCAUACUUCACCUUAACCAUUUCCCUGGUAAAAAUAAUCAUCUAUGAAAAUGUGAUUCCUCAAACACAUGAAUGCAGUUUCUGUAAGGGAAGAACCACAGACAACUUUUCCAAUCUUCCAGCCUGCUGUAUUUACCAAACACUUUUGAGCAUUUGCCAGGAGCUGGGUGGUUUACUCUAUUAAUAUACAACCAAGCUUCCUGUGACUGAUGUUGAAUGAAGUUAUGGGGUUUAGGUAAAGCAUAUUCUCAUUAGGAAAACAAAGCUGAAAACCCUCAUCCAAGAUCCUCUUUUGCAUUUAGUGUACUGUCAGAGCAGAAAUGCUACGAAAGGAAAGAUUCCUUAUUUUGUUAGAACUAGACAAAAGAAUGCUUUCCACAGAGGACAAGUCCCUUGAAAGCUCACUCUCCACCACAGCCUGGAUUCUGGGAGCCAGCCUAUUUCCUGGUUGUUGGGCAGGGUAGAUGAAAGGGGUGAACUAGAGCCAGGUUCUGCUGAAUGAAGGUGGCCUGCUGUCUUCCCUCACAUAUUAGAAUGCUACCUAUUUCAGUAUAAAAGCAACACUGGUCACAGGAUACCAAACAUACAAUUUGCGAAAUUGCCGUAUACAAAAAACUUUCAAUGUUCAUUUUAGGUGCUUUUAUUUUUAAAUUUUUAUGCCAGGAUGGUUUUCUAGUUGUUGCUAUUUCCUGCUGGGCUUCAUUAAUUAGCCUCUGUCACCUUUACCUCUGUCUGCUGCCCUGGCUUGCAGUCUGGCUAUGAGUUUUGUCUACUUUAUCCUACCUGCAGCUUGAGCUAGUCCAUCAAAAACAUGUAUGUGAGGGAGGUCCCUGGUGGUCCAAUGGUUAGGAUUCCGUGCUUUUACUGCCAUGGCCCGGGUUCCAGCCCUGGUCAGGGAACUAAGAUCCCGCAAGCUGAGUGGCAUGGCUGAAAACAAACAAAUGUGUAUAUGAAGGAAGGUGAAAAUGCUGAGUAUCUGACACCACCAUAUCCAUGUGCAGAUGUCUUUGAAGGUAACAGUUCUGUCAUGGGCUUCUCAUUGUGUCUUGAGCCAUUUCUGGUCACUGCUUCUCUAAACACUGCAGACCUUUCCAGCAUAUCUGUCCUGGAAAGGCAGCUGACCAGGUGGGGAGGGUUUUGGCUUAGAAAUAUGGAGACCUGAAUUCUAAUCCCUGCUUUGCUACUGCUUUUCAGAGUGACCUUGGUAAAGUCAUAGAGCCUCUAAAAAUAGUAAUUUGGACUAGAUUAAGGCUCUUUCCUGCUGUUAAAAGUUCUGAUUCUAAUUCUGGUCAAGUCUGUUUCUGGGCUUUCAUUUCUAAAAAGAGGCAGCAGAUAUAUACCUCCCUACCUUUUCUCAAAGCCUGGUGUCACCAGGCAGCUUACCAGAGGUGAUAUUAGGCUUCCUCCCAGGACACCCAAGAGCAAAUAAUCCUCAUUUGGGGAAAGUCUGAGUCCUGUGCCACACAGAGGAACUCAGUUGUUAGGAAACAGCAACUGUGCAACAUGUUCUGAACAGGCUCUUGGCAACAGAAAGUCUACCUCUGCCCCUCACUGGUCCCAGGCCUUGGACUGAUAGGGUAGCUUCCAGCAGUGUGCUGGUCCCUAUCAGCUCUCCCAUAUGUUGGCAGGAUUCCCUAUUCCUUAUCUCUCAAGUCAGAAUGGGAGUGUUUCCAAGACAGCUAUCAUCAUUCACAGCAGAAAGCCAUGACCUGACAGCAAAGCCAGGACCCUAAAAGGCCAACGUCAACCAAACACUUGGCUGAGCUCCAGGUGGGAGAUUCCCAGCAACUGAAGGGAGCAUCAAGAAGAUUUUAGCCCCAGCCUGCUGAGUGCUUGAGUCAUUCAACAAGGGAAUAAAAUCCACAGAUACUUUUCUGUGGAGUUACUCCCAAGCUUAUUUCUUCUAAGAUGAUAGGGAGUGGACAACAGUCUUCUUCUUUGCUUCAAAUUUAAAGCCCAACAGUGUGGUUUUCAAAAGUUUUCAUGUCCUUAGCACCAUCACACUAAUUCAGUAAUAAAUGAGAAGUGCCUGGAUUCUGAAAACCAAACAGCAAAUGGGAACUUCUCACCCUUGCCCUCAGAUGCAGCUUUCCAAGGUUGGAAAGUGCCUUUCUGCUUGGGUUAGCACAGCUCUGUGGAAAUCUCGUACAAAGUUCAUCACUGCCCAACAGGGUAAGUCAGUCCACAAACAAGGAGCCUCAUUUAGGGGCUUGAAAAAUCCAUUUCGAAGUGAGCAAUCUAUGAGUUGCUUCUACUUAGCUCUUAAGUGACAAAAUAUAAUAGAGCUGUUACUUUGGAAAGACAUGCAAUUACAGAAGAUCGAUAUGGACUUCUGAAAGCUGACAUUCAAGUUUAAUCAGACACAUUACAGCUAACACCUCACAAAUAACUGGUUAAGAUGGUUUUGUUUUUCUUGACAUCACAAACAAACAUUUCGCAACACCAGGUACUAUAUAUGCUCUGGGUCAGAUAAUACUAGCUAAUGUUGUUAUUUACCAGUUGUGAUUCUAAAUACUUUACAUGUAUCUAAUCCUCAAAACCACCCUAUGAAGUAGGGCUAUUAUUGCCAUUUUACAAUGAGAAAACUGAGACAUAGGUUAAAUAACUUGCCUAAGACCACACAGCUAUUAUGCAUCAGAAAUAUAUGAAGCCAGGCAGUUGAACACUAAAGCUCAUGCUUUCCUAAACUGCUGGUCAAGCUUUCAAAUUAUCAGCUUAAAGUUGGCUCUGACUUGCACUGUCUCUUGGGCCACUGUUAAGUAUGGAAAAGGUACUGGCUAAUAAACACUAGAACUCCUUGGUUGGAGCACAUGGAGCAUAUGUUUGUGUGGCAUGGUUCCCCUGUGGCGCUUUGCAUCAUGAGGUAGGGACAGGGUCUAACUUGGACAAAGGCAAUCCUUAAGCAACUAUAUUGCUCAUAAAAUCAUUAGGAUGUUGAAGGAAAAGGCAUGAUUUAAUCCCCAGUUGGAUAGGUAGAGUUCCAAUCAGCUACUCCAGACAUGGGAAGUGAACAGAUGUAGAGGCUGAGGCCUGGACUGAGGCUUGAGUCCAAACCAUAUGCUGGAAGAGGUAUGGUGGUAAGACAAUAAGAGAUAGGAACAUUGGCAAACUGGGAAGCAUAUGAUGCUGAAGACACUCUCAGAAUUUUAAGUUUAAGCACUUAAGAGUGGUAGCUGCCCAAACAUAUUACAUCUGUGGGUCAGAGUGGUCCGUGGGCCAGAAUUCUGUCACCCUUGGGCUAGAGGUGACUUUCAGACAACUAUCUAUGGAAAAGAGGUGGUGAGCAAAUUCAUAAGUGAAAAGCUUGACCUACUAAAAACAGUGACUUUAAAUUUUAUUAAUUACACAGGAUAAUGGUGGAUAAAAGUACAGACUGAAUUCAUAUUAUUUUACUGCUUUUGAGAAUCAGUUUACUCUUUCAUAAAAUGAGGCUGGGCUUCCUAGGUGGUGCAGUGGUUAAGAAUCCGCCUGCCAAUGCAGAGGUCACGGGUUCGAUCCCAGCUCCAGGAAGAUCCCACAUGCCGCGGAGCAACUAAGCCCGUGUGCCAGGGAAAAAAAAAAUAAAAUAAAAUGAGGCUAAUGCCAACUGCUUCACAGGGCUGCUGAGAUUAAAAAAGAGAUCAACUAAACAGGGACUUCCCUGGUGGCUCAGUGGCUAAGAAUCUGCCUGCCAAUGCAGGGGACAUGGGUUUGAGCCCUCAUCCUGGAAGAUCCCACAUGCUGUGGAGCAACUAAGCCCGUGUGCCACAACUACUGAGCCUGUGCUCUAAAGCCUGUGCAUUACAACUAUUGAAGCCUGCACACCUAGAGCCCAUGCUCCACAACAAGAGAAGCCACCACGAGAAGCCCACGCACCACAACUAAGAGUAGCCACCGCUCUCCACAACUAGAGAAAGCCUGUGCACAGCAACAAAGACCCAACACAGCCAAUAAAUAAAUAAAUGGCUCCAGGCAUCCAUUAGGUCUUCUCCACCUCUUGGCUUUGCUCUUGUGUUAGAUUUAGUCUCUUGAACUGACUUCACUGCAUGAGAGUUCAGACCUUACCACCUUACAGCUUUGUGACCAGAAGAAAAGAGUUCCUUUUCCUAUCUCCAAUGUGAAAAAUCCCCAGAUAAGGACUCUUGAUUAGUCUGACAGCUUGAAUGUCCAUCCUUAGGCCAGUGGUUCCCCAAAUCAGCAUUAGAUACUAGGGAAUUUGUUAGAAAUGUAAAUUAUCAGCUCUCCCCCCUCCCACACCCCAUAUAGGGAACAAUCUGAGCAAGUCCUCCAGGUGGAUCUGAUAGACACUGAAGUUUGAGAACCACUGCCUUAGAAAGGGAAAGAGAGGUACUAAAACUGGUCUAUCUUGGGUUACAUGCUCAGUUGGGAGUUAGUACUAAAAAAAGAUGGGGUACUGGGCAGACAAAAACAACAUGUAUCCACUAUAUGUCCUUUCUUUCAAAAGUUGAUAUACAGGAACUAUGACCUGCCAACGUUCCCAGGUGAAGGGGAGGAUGAGGGCAGUACUGGUUAGAGACAAGGCUUAUCAAAAAGCUGCCCACUCAGGAAGAGCUUUGCCUUUGUCCUCCUUGCAGCCCUCAAAAAUCUUUAUACGGUCCCUAUUUUCCAAUGGGAACUUCCAUGAUGGUGGCUCCCACUCCAUCAGAAAUGCUCAGAUUCCUUAGGGCUUCUCUUCUUCCUUGCUUUCUCCUUCCCAUCACUUAAUAAAUACCUGUGGAGCACCUAAAUGUCCUGCUGUCAUGGAGACAAAUGAAAGUAAACAAAUUAGAGCCAUGGAGUAAAUAAACGGAGGCUAUUGGUCCAGAGGAUAAGAAACAAGCCAUCAGGGACUUCCCCGGUGGUCCAGUGGUUGAGAAUCUGCCUUCCAGUGCAGGGGAUGUGGGUUCAAUCUCUGGUCAGGAAACUAAGAUCCCACAUGCCAUGGGGCAACUAAGCCCAUGCGUGGCAACUACUGAGCCCGCACACCACAACUAGAGAGAAGCCCGUGAGCUACAAAGAGCCCAUGUGCUGCAACAAAGACCCGACGCAGCCAAAUAGACAAAACAAAAAAACAAAAAAAACUUCCUUAAAAAAAAAAAAGAAACCAGCCAUCAAACAAUCUGGGAAAGUGAACUACAGGACAGAAACUACAAAAGACCUGAGACAGGAAAGUGCAUGGCAUUUUAGAAAGUAUAAAAAAGUCUACAAAAUAGAGUACUAUGAAAGGAGAAAGGCAGAAAGUCUACUAUCUCCAUUAAGGAGCUUGGAUUUUAAUCUCCACACAAUGGGAAGCAAUUAAAAUUUCUAAGCAGAUGAAUGACAUCAUCCAAUUUACUCAAAAUUAUUUUUAACUGCUGUGGGAAGAAUGUACCAUACAGGGUUAAACAUGGAAAUUGGGAGGCCAGUGCCAUGUCAAAGGCCAACAAGCACCAAUUGCUUCUGCUUCGUGAGAACUGUCAUUAAAAUACCUCCUCCUCCCUUCACCAGCUACCACACUUUCAAUAUGUUGCUAAGUGAUAAUUCAAGCUCUAUGAGUCAGUGUGAGUUGGCAUCUCUUGUUGUUUACUCUUCAUGAGAAAUCAGCAACCCAGUUUAUCAAAAAUCCAAACCCAUAAACAUGAUUUCUUACUUCAAAGAUAUCUUCAAUGCCAUUAACGCAAAGUUUUAGAAAUAAAUCCUGAAAACAAGAGUUGCAAUAAUGACCAAUCUGAAAAUGCCCUGCUAGCACCCAUCUCACUACUGAAAAGAAUGGUUAUUAUUCCUCUUAUCAAAAUAACAUUAUAGACAGUAGCCAUUAACUUAUCUGUCUGCUUGAGUUCAGCUACCCUCAUGGAAAGAGGAUCAUUAUUCUGCACUAUUUCAAAGAUGAAGGACUGCCUCUGACUCUGGAAUCAGCAGAAUGCAACUUAUUCCCAAUACCUCUGGUAUGGACAGUGCUGGAAGUCAAUGUGAUAGCAUAGUCCAGGCCUCCCAAUUCACACAAUGCCUAAGACACGCUUUUGGAUCCUGAAUGACUAGAUUAACUACUAUACGGCCCACAGAGAAAAGCUGGGCCCAUCACUUGCUUAGACAACCAAAUCUCAUAAGCUUUCAGAGUUCACCACUAUGACCAUACACCUGCGGUAAACCCUCAGUUACCUUUUUCAACUUCCUUUUCUCAGCACCAAGAAAUCCAGUCGAUAAGCACUGCUGUUACAGAAUGUGUUCAAAGCAAACAUGCACUGCUCACUGUUUGAUCACAGUUUUAGAUGCCUGAAGUCUGUACCUUAUUGAUAAUGUUGCUUCAUUCAUACGCAGAGAAAAAUUUCCUUUGGAAAGCAUCCAAAGAUGACUAAAUCUUCCAGUGGACAGUAAUUCUUCUCAAAAAACAAAAAUGUAAAGGAAAGUUAGUAUCCCUUAAAGUAAAAAAACCACCUACCAUUUCUGUAAAAAAUUUACGAAAUGGUAGAUGGUUUCAGCCUAUCAGUAACAUUAAUUACAUGGGUCCAGUUAUUAUUGUCCUGAGCUCACGCCCACUGCUCAGGGUGAUAAAGCAAACAAGAACAAUGUGGACAAUUAAAAUGUGCAGGUAAAUCCAAACUCUUUUUGUGACGUUUUCUUGAAGUCUAACAAAAAUUUCACGGAUCAGGAAAUGGGCUGUAAUGGGAUUCAUCUGGAUUUUGUUUCCGGGCUGAAGAGCAAAGAAACAGCCAAAGAAAGGAUAAAUGGGAAAACAAAGCCUGGAUACUUUGUAUCAGGACAAUCAAUAUUUGAAUAAACAAUCACCCAGGACUGCUGUUUUUAGACCCAGAGGCUCUCCGAAAAGGAAUUACAAAACAUAUUUAAAUUAAUAUUCCCCAGAUACACGUGCCUCAUCCAUUUACUAACUUCUCUAUGUCAUUUAAAUAUAAACAUUAAUGUGUCAUAAUGUAACUCUUAGGAGCUUAUAAAAGAUGUAGGUUAUUCUUCUCUAGUUAUAAAUAAUACUUUAUGUGAAGAGAGAACUAACAAGCAGUCCAGUUAACAUUUUCCUAAAUACAGAAAAUGAACUUACUAUUUAUUGGGUAGGCCAAAAAGUUCACUCAGGUUUUUCUUUUCUAUGAGAAGAACUUUCUGUAAGAAAAACCCGAACAAACUUUUUGACCAACCCAAUACAUCUUUCAAACCACUCAGAAAAAGUAUUGUUUUUAAGGUGUUUUAUAUAAUGUAAUCAAGCAUUUACAGUUACUCCCAUUAAACGCUUAUGUUUCACUUGAGUUACUACAAACUAAGGUCUUGUCUAAAUCUGAAUUAUGAGCAUUAAAGCACUGCCUGGACAUAAGAAAAUACCUAUUCUGACAAUACAGAACUGAGAAAAACUUCAGAGACCAUUUCUUGAUAGCUCUCAAAUAAAUCAGCUAACAGUGGGUCAGAUCAGUAAUGACAUUCAGUGCAAAGAUGUUAAUUCUGUAGUUGGACAUUUUUACUCCACACUUUUAAAUUUAAUGAUGACAAAAUACUUACAAAGUGGGACCAAGGGGGAAGAAAUUAGAAGGAAUUCAGCUAUGUCCUCAAAAGGGAUGACAUAAUACAGUCAGAAUAAGACUGCAUAGGGCGCUGAUGGCUCUCAUGCCCAUGCCUCACAUGAUGGGGAUAUCCUGAACCAGGCCUGUGUCUUAGGGAAGUCUAGUCGAGUGUAAGACUAGAACGGGGGAGCUACAUAGGGUACAGAAGGAGGGGUUACAAACUAUCUUUGCUAACUUUUCCCCUACCCAUUAAAAAACAGAUGAUCUUUAAAUUGAGAUGAGUAAAUUUAGUAUUACUUCAGGAGAUACUAAACCCCAAAUCCACCUUUUCACGUGUCUACCAAUUUCAAAAUUAAAAAAUUAGCUGGUUAGCUAUGAUGCAAGUGUCAUCAGCUGACUCUGAGAAACGGAUUGCUGGCCAAUGCCUUUGUAAGUAAACAUGGUCACCAACUGCCUACACUUCUGGAUUAUGCCAAAGAAACUUACCUUCUUUACUGUUUGCCAUUUUCAGUCUAAGGACCACAGGGAGCCCUGCUUUGGACUCUUUUAUAGUUUUUCCUUUUUAAAGAACACAUGCUUCCCUAAGGAGCUUUGUUCACAGAGAAUUUGUUACCUCAGUGCUCACUAUAUUCUGUUUUAUAUCACACACUGAAAGUAGUUGGAGAGUCUUCUAAUACCUGAGAUGUCUUAUAAACAACACUCAUAGCACUUAAAAAGUUUGUGUGAACCAAACUACAAGUAUCUGAAAGUAUUUCAAAUUGUUCAGUUUACAUUUAGAAGAAUAAGAUUGUUUUAUUUUUUCCUGGUCAGGCUUUCCAGACAUUUCAAAUCCUACAGCCAAGCCUGAACAUGUCUUG